AUGACUGCUAAUAAAUCUCAGUCACAAAGACGUACUUUUGGGACAUCGCCUAUGAGCUAUAGAAGAGCUACUAGUAGUUAUUUCAAGGCCUCGCGCGCACGUUUGCGAUCACAGUUACGGAACAGAAAUCAGGAAAGAAAUGGUGCAACCAAACUAAUUUCAAAUAGUGGGUCGAAUGAUACUACAUUGCUUCUUACUGCGGGCAACAAGAGACCGUUGUAUAACCCUGCGGGUGGGACUACGCAUUACUAUGCCGACUUUCAGCAUAGUAUACACGAACUAGAUGAUGCUAUGAAAUGGCGGGGCUACUCCUUAUUGAGGAUUCUGUUUGGACUAUCAG